AUGUGUCUUUUAGGAUUUCGUUGCAUUGUUCCUGUUGCCAAUUCCGCGUUUCGUCCGAAACGUCAAACUCGACGCGCACAGCUCAACGUCCUGGCAGCAACUUCCACGUCCGGUACAGAUGCAGGUUCAACAUCAACUUCAGGGGCCAUGAAUUCUGCUUAUGUGCGCAUUUUGAGGUACCCCGACGGGAAUGAGCGCCGCAUUAUUUACCCCACACCUCCGGCACCAGAGGUUGAAAUUGAUAUUGAGGAGUCUUGGAGUUUGUGGACCCAAGAGGAUCCGGACCCGCUUGUUGAGGAGCUUGCCAUGUUGCAAAGUCGACAUCCGAGAAACGUCUCGGAGCUCGUAGGAAGCAGCUACCAGGUCUUGACGGGGUCACCGUGGCUGCUGCCCCGCCCCUUGUUCGUGCUGACUCAGCGGCAGCUGGCCACGGGCCAGGCCACGCUGUACUGCCUGCAGACGCGCACGCAGGAGGAGGAGGUGCAGGAUGAGCUUGCGCGGGUCCUCAAGCGCCCCUCCCUGGCGUCCUCCCUGACCUUCUCUCGGCUCCGUGACGGGGUGGUGGCAUUCGACCGGGCGGAGGAUGCGGCCAGAUACGCCACAUGCCUGGAGGCGGAUAUAGGGCUCGAGGAGGUUGAUGUUAUGGAGGUUGACUCGCGGCAGUUAUUUCGGUUGACGGGGGAGGUUGAUGCGGUUGUUGUUUAUCUGCCCUGGAGCGAUUUCAUGCCGUUACCGCACCAGCUGGCUCAGGCGCUGCGGGAGUGA